GAACAGGAUUGUCAAUAACCAUUUUCAUUUCCUUGUUAUGGCCCUGUGCUUGUUACUAGUAAUUUUCAUUCAUUUGUUACCAUUUUAUUCACAAGCAAAGCAAAAGGGCAUCGAUUCCUUCAAAUGUGUGAAUACAUACCAACAACCUGCUUUCAGUCAUCCCAAACUCAAACAUCACAAACUUCAGGUACCUGCUUCUUGCCUUGUUUAUACUAUUGUUGGUAAUAAUGCUACUAGGCCAAAUAUACCACAAUUUCCUGGAGCUACAUUUUCAAGAUCAGAUAUCAACAACGAAAAUGGCUGCCCGAAUGGAAAAGUACCCAUUCAUGCUAACCCUUCAAUUCGGCCACUUCAUGACAUAAACAGUGGAGUAAAAUAUUUUGCAACAAUUUCGACAUAUCCGGGCGAGAGGACUUAUAGAGGAGGUGCAGCAAAUAUGGGAGUAUUUAAUCCAGUAGUGGAAAUGAUGCAAUCCAGUAGGGCUAAUAUUUGGGUGCAAAAUGGUCCUAAAUCUGUUUCAAACAGUAUUGAAGUUGGCUGGGCGGUUCAUCCAUAUUUAUAUGGUGACAAUCAUACACGACUUACAGCAUAUUGGACUGCAGAUGAUUUUCAAACAACCGGUUGUUACAAUUUAUUGUGCCCAGGUUUUGUGCAAAUUGAUUCUUCUUUAUUCCUCGGCCAAGCUUAUCUGAUUGAUCCUGAUCACCCAAUGUUGAUUGAACAAAUUGCAAUUUUGCAGGUUACAGGUUCAAGUCUUGAAAACAGUCUUUACAAAAAAUGCAGAGGAAAGGCUGCAUGCCAUGAAACCUCUUCCCAAUCUCCCAAAGCGGGGAGUCUUGAUGAUGUAACAGGUAACUGGUGGUUGGUGACUCAAAUGGACUUUAUAAUCACGCCUGUGGGGUAUUGGCCAAAGGAGAUUUUCACUUAUUUAGCUCUGGGAGCAGAUGUUGUCAAAUAUGGUGGGACAACAAGUACUUACUUGCAGCAACUAGAUAGGCCGCCAAUGGGAAGCGGGAACUAUCCAGGGGAGAUGGGCUGGGUAUUUGGCUUUUUUACAAGGAUUCGAUAUGUGAAUGAGAGCUACAACUUGAUUGAUGCUGAGCAUAGUAAUAUGAAUAAGGUUUUGGAUUCUGUUUGUUAUGGUUUGAUGUAUUUUACUGCUGGAGGUACCAUGAAAGAAGCCAUGAAGUUUGGGGGACCAGGUGGAACAGCUGAGAAAUGUAAACAAUUGCCUCCACAGCAAAGGAAUUAG